CAAGAAUUUUUACACCCCACCGUGAGAGGCGACACCGGCCUUAGCAGCAGAAUUCGCCGUGGAAACUACGAAUUACACACGUUGACGUACGUGUAAAUUCUGGAGCCGCGCCGCAUAUAAAAAAAAUCACCUUCUACCAAUACAUAUAUUUGGACGUACUUGUAUAUAUAGAAGAUCGCAGAGUGUAAAGUUACCGGUCCAUUUGAGUGUUAAAAUUUAAUAUAUUUCGUUAAAUAGCAUUAGAAAAUCAACCAUAAAAUCUAAAUUAUGAAUAUAUCGUCGAGAAUGAAUUUUGUCUCGGUCGUAACGCUUUUGUUGCUGUCCGUAUUUGCGGGAGCAAAAUUGCAACGGUCCGAAAAAGAUGCCUCGGUAUCACGGCUUAACGAAGAUAACUGGGAUCUCAUGUUAACAGGAGAAUGGAUGGUAGAAUUCUACGCGCCAUGGUGUCCUGCAUGCAAGGCACUCGAACCCAUUUGGGAAAAUUUAGCAUCAUGGAAAGGAGAUCUUGACAUAAAUGUGGGCAAAGUUGAUGUGACAGAUUCUCCAGGUCUCAGCGGCAGAUUCAUGGUCACUGCUUUACCCACUAUUUAUCACGUCAAAGAUGGCAUGUUUCGUCAGUACAAAAGCCCCCGAGACAAGGAUUCUCUGAUCAAUUUUGUUAGGGAAAAAACUUGGACCAAGGUUGAACCCAUACCCAGCUGGAAGAGUCCUACAUCUGUACAAAUGUCUGUUAUUAGUCAGUUCUUCAAGAUGUCACAAAUACUUCGGGGAAUCCACAACAAAUUGAUGGAAGACUUUGGAUUACCAACGUGGGGCAGUUACCUGAUUUUUGCAGUGGCGACAAUUCUUUUGGGAGCGAUUCUAGGAUUGGUGAUCGUUUGUCUGAUCGACUUUAUAUAUCCGCCAAAGUCGACCGCAUCACAAGACAAAAAGAAGGAAAAGGAUGGUUCCGGCGGUUUCAUGCAAGAGAAAAGUUUAGAAGAUGAGGAUUUAGUAGAGAAUGUGAAGGAUGAUCUCGUUGACGAAGAAGGCAGUGGUUUAGAAGAUCAGAAUGAUGAAAAAGAUUCUGGGAAAGAAACGACGAGCAGUCCCAACGUUCGUAAACGCAAACCCCGAAAAGCUGAUUAGAUGUUUUCAAGAUCGUUUUUUGUCCCAGCCUUUGUUCCACUCUUUGUCUCGUUCCGUUCUUUUCGUAUUCUCCUUUUUCUUUGCUUCUCUCGAUUUCUAUCUUUCUUUCUCCGAUUAUCGUUCUAUUAUUUUUUUCAUUUUUUCACUCUAUUUUUAUCAUGCCCAAACGAAGCAACUAUUGCACAAUUUUAGCAAUUUUCUCAUUCGAGACAACCGAUGAUUCGAAUCGAAAGAUUGCAAGACCUGACAUUCCAGUACAAUACAACUCGGAUUUGCGUGCAGUUGGAUGUGUUUUUUUUUUUUUAACGUGACGAAAUGUUGACAACUGAGCGUUAGGAUUCGCGAUAAUGUGUACGCGCUGCAUCACUUUUACGACGUUUUUCGAGGGGCAUUCUUUUCGCGAAUUUCUAAUUCGCAUCAACUAAUUCGAUUAUCAUUAAUAGCAGUUCAUCGCGUGUUUGAGCCGUUCGAAAAAUCGAUACUCAUUUUUAGAUUUUUCAAGAUAAUUAAAUCAUCGUAGGUUAUUCAAAUUAUCAAUAUUAUCACAAAAAAAAGACUGUCGAAAUCGUUUUCUUACUGUCUCCUCAUCGCAAAUUAUGUUACUAAUAUCGCAUGAUUAAUUUCACAUACCAUCAAGCUUGAUCAAGUUCGCAGUCUUGGAUAUCAGGAGUCCGAUUUUUUUCUUUUAAUUUAAAGAAAUUAGUUGAACGGGUUACCAGUAGCCCGAGCGAUAGUAAAGAUAUUUCUCAUGUUUUUUUUUUUACAAGUAUUGAUUACGUUUCACGUCAAUCUCGAUAGCCAAGAAAACCAGAAUAAAGUUAUUUCUCCCACUUAAGCGUGCACAAUUUUGAUCACUAUCAUAAAAUUCAAACGUUUUUUCAAUACAUACAAAAGUAUCAUACAUUUUCAACAUCAUACUAUUCAACUCUUGACCUUUUUUUCUAGAAGAAGCAACACAAAAGCAACUUGAGUGUAAUUGAUUUUUAUUAACUUUCUAUGUAUCCGAAUAAUUGUUGUUUAGAUCAAUACAAAAUCAGGGGCAAUGGAUAUUGACGAUUUUGUAGUACGAGUUUUUACUUUUUUUGGAGAUUAAACAAAUUGAUACGUGUC